CAAAUCUAUCCGGAAGUCUCGUCUGAAGUCCCGUCAUUUGCCGGGAUCUCGCGAGAUUUGCAGGGCUAGGAUCGGGAUGGCUGCGGAGGGUGAGUGCCUGCCGGUUUGGGGAGAAGAAAACCUGUAUUCCGAGCAAACCACACGGUGGAAACCCAUCUCCCUCACACAUGUGGAGUACGAAGAAGGGGACCUGAUCGGCAAGGGUCUGGCCUGGUGCAGUCUCACACCAGUGUUCAUCUUGGUGGGGUUUGGAACCCUUCUGCUGUUCAGAAGAGAACUACAUACUAUAUCCUUUCUAGCAGGCAUCCUGUUGAAUGAAGCUGUUAACUGGGUCCUAAAGCACCUCAUCCGUGAGCCCAGACCAUGUAGAGGUCACUCUGUAGUCUUCAGUGAGUAUGGAAUGCCAUCCAGCCAUGCCCAGUUUAUGUGGUUCUUCUCUACAUAUAUCAUCCUUUUCCUGUAUGUGAGACUGCACCAGUCUUACACCAGCACUCUACUAGAAAACAUGUGGAAACACUUAACAGCAGUGGGAGUCUUUCUGCUGUCCAUGCUUGUAUCCUAUAGUAGGGUUUACCUUCGCUACCACACCACAGUACAGGUGGCAGCAGGUGCUGUAGCAGGCAUUCCUCUAGGCAUCGUGUGGUUUGCCAUUGUACAGCUGGCGUUGACCCCAUGGUUUCCCAUGAUCGCUGCAUGGCCAAUCUGUGAACUCUUCAUGGUUCGAGAUUCCACUCUCAUCCCUAACAUCCUGUGGUUUGAGUACACUGCGGCAAGAGCUGAAGCAAGGACCAGGCAUCGCAAGUUGGGGACCAAGUGCCAAUGAAGAGUUGGUGCAGCACAGGCAAAGACAUCUCCCAUGACAAGAUAUCAUCAUAGGGCUUGUGUUGUGGUUUGGUUAGGUGUUAAGCCUUGGUGCAGCAUUGCUAUAACAAAGUCUGCCACAGGCUUGUUUAAAAAGUGAUCAAGGCUAGCAUCUUCCAACAACGCCAGGACGGCUUGUACAAGUAGUGGUGUGUGGUGCAUCAGUAUCAAAUUCUGCAGGGGGAGCACACCCUGUCAUGUGUGAUUAGUCAAGGAGAGAAACAUUUUUCUUAGCUUUUUAAGAAUCGAGAAAUUAAGCGGAAAGAAUACAGAUAUAAAAAUACAGUGUCAGGCAAUAAACUUAGGAUAAUUUUAGGGCAAUUUUUUUUACUUCAAGAUGGACAGAUUCAACAUACUCAAAGCGGUAUCACUGCUGGUCUUUUGAAAGAUUUUCUAAGUAAUUUUGUGGAGAAAUUCAGUUGCAUUUUAGAUGAAAUCUUGGUAUAAUUCUAUAAUAAGAUUAUUAUUUAUGAUAGGAAUCUAUCAGUUAUCACAGCCAUUGUCAGAUGUUCAUUUUUAGUGAAAUCAACUCUAAAAUAAGGUCAGUCUCCUCCAAUUUAGAAAGUUAGAUACAGCAGAGCAUAUCAUAAGACGUGUCCAUUUUGCUAGAAAAAAAGAAGCACAUUUCUGUGCAUUCACCUGAUUGUUGCAUACUCAAAAUUUACUUUCACCAAAUAAAAGGUGAGCAUUAUAAACAAGAUCUUUUAGAAAUGGUUAUCAAAAAGUCACAAAAAGAUUUAGGAGUGUACAGUAUUUCUGGUGUUGAUGCUAAUAAAGAGACCAGUUGAAAUGAAUCCAUUCCACAAUAAAAUGGCUGCAAAGAAGAGCUAGUUGUAAACCGUAGAAAGAAAAAUAGUCGUUUGUAGCUGUUAUUAUUGAGGCAUUUAACACAUGCCUGAAAAAGGGCUAUCGUCUACAUUAUAAACUUGAGUUAGGAACGUACCAUUCCAGAAUCAGGGUAAACCUUCACUGCCUUUUAGGCUUUGUACUUGAAGUGAGAGUAGAUGAAGUCAAGUUGCGAUCACUCAGGGCAUCGACCUGGUACUUCUUUUGCCACAUUUCAAAAAUCGUAUGGGCGCCAGAGAUGCCUUUCUGCUGUUGGUGGAAGAUGCUGCAAUGCUCAGUAGGAAAACUUUCAAGAAGGCUCCGCCCCUAAGGCAUCGCCAAAAAAAGACUGUAAGCAAGCCAAAUCCAAGGAUGCGCCCUCUUGGGUUAACUUGGAUGCGUUUACCUGAUAUCGGAGGGGACUUGCUAUGGAAAACUUGCAGGCGUUUGUCUGUUACGACGAUUUUUCACGAAAACUCUCUUGUGGAACAUGAUAACGUUAAAGAGCUAAAAGAGGUUUUUGCGCCAAGCAUUUCCAACAUGGCAUCCAUGACAAUUGGAGAACGGUAUACCGUUUCUGUGCAAAAAUACGUUCCUUGCCAAAUGUAUAUUACAAUAAGACUGUUAAUUGUUGUGGAGCUCCUUACUUUCCGAUUUGGGCCAAAUUUGCACUCAGGACAAGUUGAAGCCACUCUGUCUUCUUUUUUUUGGUGUUGCAUUCUGCCUCGCACAUGCUUAUGUGUUGGUGUAGUAUGAAGCAAAAAAUUUUAAUAAAAGAGGAGACCUAAAAGAUAUAUAUAUAUAUUCCAGAACAAUGUGGCUUUGUGGAUGUGUGCAACUAUUUCACAGAGAGCAAAAUGUUCUUCCAAAAGUUAUUUACAGUGUAAAGAAUGGUAUAGAAUCACAUAGGGAUUUAUUAGGUUUGGCUUCUAGUUUGUUGCAUGUAAAAGCAAAGGGGAAUUCUUUUCCAAAAUUGAAAGACUUAAGAAAACUUGAAGCAGUUUCUUUGUGUGAGACUUUGAUGAUGCAUGUAAGUAACAUUUGUAAAGAAAUAUUUGCAUUUUAUCAGAAAUAGAUACAGAAAUCCAUAUCCUCUUUUCAUACCCCCAAGAAGCAAAUGGUUUGACCCAGACCUCCUUUCCAUCCAAGCAGGGCCCUGCCAAGCAAGGUUGUAAUCUUUAGCAAGCAGAUGUUUGGAGGUUAAGUCAUUAUGUACAAGUAUUCCUAGCUGCACAUAUCUGUUAAAAACUGUCUUUCUCAGUUUGUAGUAGGAAUGGGCAGCUACGAAAAUGAUUUUUCCUACAAACAUCUGCUUAGAGAUCAUCCCACACUGUUGAGGAAGAACUGAGGGCAAGGACAGUGCACAUGACGUAUAUAUCAGGAACAAUGGAUCUCUUCAGAAAUCGCAUUGUUGUACCAGUUCAUCAAGAGUUUUGUACAGUGUGCCAGUUGAGUUUCAAGAGUUCUCCAAAUUUUCUACACUAUAUAACUGGACAAAUAAAAGGAAGAGACAGUUGUUGUACAAGUACAUUGAUGUAUAGUUGAGGCUGGAAUUUUUAACCAUUUUAUGCAAGUUGAUGUUGUACGCUUGUUGCAAAUCAUUUGAUUAUUCCUUUGGAUACCGAGAAGGAAGAAAAUGUGUGGUGAAGGCAAUUUAUGUCAGCAGAAUAGAAAUAUGUGGGUUGAAGCUACUUGCAGUCAAAGGACUUUACAAUUCAUGAUCCUCUUUUAGGAUGCACCAUACGAAUGCCUUGUAACUUUUUUUUGAUGUACUUUAUUUUUUACCAUUAGUAUUUUUAACAGCAGCACUUUUUCUGUGUGGGUUUCAAUGCUAGUUGACUUGUUUUGAAACUUCAAGAUCAAUACAUAGGGUCAUAUAAAGAGCUAUUUCAAUGUGUUGACUUGUAUGCAUGCAGGUAGUAUAAACCAUGCACUUGAUAUGUACAAUAGCCAGAUACAAUGACAGUAUGUAGCAAAGACUGGUAUAAUCGUAAAAAUUGAUCUAACUUUGAGGCGCAAUUCUCUCUACCGCAGAAAGAGAUUUUAACUGGGUAUUGUUACUAGCAACUUUUGAAGCAUCCAUUAUGUACAUACACAAAUCCCUACAAUGUUGUUUUAUACACUGUUGUGCCAAACAGAUCUUUAAUAAGAUUGUGUGUCUCCACAGUUGUGCGCAGGUAUUGUACAUGAAAGGUGUUAUGAGGAAUAUGUAAUGAACUUUUUGACAGAUUGCAUUGCAUGCUGGGAGCUGCAGAGCACUAUGGGUAGUGUAGCAUGCAAAAACAGCAUUACCAUGACAAUCCUUAUCCAUAUCUGCAGAGCACUAUGGGUAGUGUAGCAUCCUUAUCCAUAUCUGCAGAGCACUAUGGGUAAUGUAGCAUGCAAAAACAGCAUUACCAUGACAAUGCAAAUUUGCCCUCAGCACUACCCAUAUUGCCCUGCAUCUCCCAGCAUGCAAUGGGGUCAUUGAAAAGGUCUCUGGAAGACAUGCUACCUGCUUUGAUGUGGGGAAGACCAUUUCACUUUCAAAGUUGAAGAAAAACUGUCAAAUUCUGUAGGAUAAAAAGUUGACUGGGAAUGUAGCAAUGAAGAUGAAGAAAUAUCUGGAUUGGAUUUGUUUGCCAUAGAAAUUGAAUGGUGUAAGAUAUCAAGACAACCAAUGUCCUGAUUGGUGUAGUUUUUGAAAUAUUGUUUAACAACUGUAAUUUUGUCUGAGUUGAGUGUUUCUUGCAGUAAAAAAGAAGAACACAAAGAUGUACAUUGUACAUGUAGAAUUGAACUAUGUUAACUAUGUGCGUUCAAUGCAAGGUAAACACAAUGUUAUACCUUGGCUGUUUUUAAUGGAAGCAGCCAAAACUUGAUUUUACAGUUAAAAUACUCUGGCGACCCUAGAUCAGAUGUAAGUGCUCAAAGUAGCUUUUCUCCUGAGGUGUCGCCAAAAAGAAAGCUACGAUUUGCAAUAAGAUUGCUUAUUUUUCAACAUGCAUGUGUAUUCUGAGUAUCCAGGUUUGUUUUUUUUUAAUUUGAAGUAGCAUUGUUGCAUGUGGUGGGUUAUAUGUGGAAACAAAUUAUGUUUGUCCCCAAAAAGUCCAAAAUCAAUAAUUAUGCAUAUCAUAUCCAUAUAUAAAACUUGUUUGGAUGUACUUGUGUAUUUAGAAUGGGAUCAAUGAAUCACCAUAUGGAAGCAGGACAAUACUGUAAAGAAGGCUAUGCCCCUCAGGCGUCGCCAAAAAUGGUUCCUUGAUGUGAAACCAUAAUAAGGGUUGCUAUAAUGAGUAGUUUUUAAGAUGUUAUAUCAUGGGUUGCAUUGACUUCACCGCAUUUUGUACCAGGCAAUAUCUAUUUUUCAAUAAUGAUUGUACAUCUAAGAGGUUGCAUUGUUUUAUUAAUUGAUUUAUUGAUUCUUAAUAGUUUCUGCUGGCCUUUUUGUAAUUUAAGGAUUUAUAACUUGCAAUAUUUUGGUAUUCAAUGUUAUGUACUCCAAACAGGGCUACAGUCAAUGAUUUAUUUAUCUAUGAAUAUUUUAUGGUGCUGAUACAUAAUGUAUUAGGAUUCAUUUGUCUUAAUUAUCUGUUUUUCAAAGAUAAAUAAAAGGAAGGUAAAACAAAAA